AUGGUGACCAAGUUCUACCAACAUAUCCUGGCCUUGGCCUUUGCUAUCAAUGAAAUUAAUGAGGAUUCCGAGAUCUUGCCCAAUACCACGCUUGGGUUCCAUAUCUGUGACAGCUACAGCGACGCAAUGAAGACCUAUCGGACCACUAUGGACCUUCUUUUCAAGAUGCACAGGCUUAUACCUAACUAUGAAUGUGAUUCUGGGAAAAAGCUUAUUGCUGUAAUUGGCGGAUUUAGUUCCACCGUCUCGUUCCACAUGGCAAAACUUUUAAGUCUUUAUAAGAUUCCACAGGUACGACCUGUUUCCGUAUGUACGGAAUCUUGCCCUCCAGGUUAUCAGAAGAAAAAAAGAGAACAGGAUAAAUUCUGCUGCUAUGACUGCUCACUGUGCCCAGAGGGGAAGAUCUCAAAGUUGAAGGAUAUGAUUGAUUGUAUUGAAUGCCCAGAGGAUCAGUAUGCUACCAAGGAUAAGGAUGGAUGCAUCCCCAAAACAAUAAGCUUUCUUUCUUAUGACGAGCCUUUAGGAAUUGGUUUAAUGUCGAUGGCUGUUUCCUUUUCUUUGAUCACAGUGUUGGUGUUGGGAACAUUUAUUAAGCACAGAGAUACCCCUAUUGUCAAAGCCAACAACCGAGAUCUCACCUACCUUCUCCUUAUCUCCCUUCUUGUUUGCUUCUUGUCUUCUUUGCUCUUUAUUGGACAACCCAUGAAAGCGACUUGCUUUCUCCGACAAUCUGUUUUUGGCAUCAUCUUCUCUGUUGCUGUUUCUUCCGUACUGGCCAAAACGAUCACGGUGGUGGUAGCAUUUAUGGCCACCAAGCCAGGAUCCAAGAUGAGGACAUAUGUGGGGAAAAGACUGUCCAACUCUGUUGUCAUUUCCUGCUCUCUGGUUCAAGCAGUUAUUUGUAUUGUAUGGGUGGCAACCUCACCUCCAUUCCCAAAUUUAGAUAUGUAUUCAGUCCCAGGGGAAAUUGUAGUGGAAUGUAAUGAAGGAAUCACCAUUAUGUUUUAUCUUGUCUUGGGUUACAUGGGGUUUCUGUCUCUGGUCAGCUUCACGGUGGCUUUCCUAGCCAGAAAGUUGCCAGACACUUUCAAUGAAGCCAAGUUCAUCACUUUUAGCAUGUUGGUGUUUUGUAGUGUUUGGUUGUCUUUUAUUCCCACCUAUUUGAGCACCAAAGGAAAGUAUAUGGUAGCUGUGGAGAUCUUCUCCAUAUUAGCUUCCAGUGCUGGGUUAUUGGGUUGCAUCUUUUCCCCCAAAUGCUACAUCAUUCUUUUAAAGUCUGAACUGAACACUAAGGAACAGCUGAUAAGAAAUAUGAAGGAGUGUUUCAGUUGCUCAGAAGAUCAACAUGCAAAUGAACACCACACUCAAUGCAUGCCCAAAGUCAUAACUUUCCUCUCCUAUGAAGAACCUUUAGGAAUCAGCUUAGCUUCUGCUGCUCUGGUUUUCUCCCUGACCACAGUCUUUGUUCUUGGAACUUUCAUUAAGAGCAGAGAUACUCCAAUUGUCAAAGCCAACAACUGUGAUCUCUCUUAUACUCUCCUUGUCUCCCUUCUGCUCUGUUUCCUCUGCUCUUUGCUCUUUCUUGGCCAGCCAAUGAGAGUCACCUGUCUUCUGCGACAGCCCACUUUUGGCAUGACCUUCUCAAUGGCCAUUUAUUGUGUCUUGGCCAAGACCAUCACUGUACUGGUAGCUCUCGUGGCUACUAGGCCAGGAUCCAACAUGAGGAAAUGGGUGGGGAAAAGACUACCCAACUCCAUUGUGAUCUGCUGCUUUUUCAUUCAAGCAAUUCUUUGUGUUGUGUGGAUGACAAUAUUUACCCCAUUCCCAGAUCUAGACAAACAUUCAUUCACCAAACAUAUCAUAGCUGAAUGCAAUGAGGGACCCACUGUGAUGUUUUUCCUUGUCUUGGGGUAG